AUGAAGAGUGGUAUUAAAGAUACGAAGGUUGCUUUUAUUUAUCAUUGCUACAACCAUUACAUGGUACCAAUCGGAUAUGAAGAAAGUUCUGAAAUGCAAUCCCAAAUUUAUGAAAAGGAUAUUGAAAAAACAAAUACAUGGUUUUUAAUUGGAGAUAAUAGUAGGCUGCAAGAACCAGUUGAAUGUGUUAAAUUUUCAGAUAUUGAAAAGGAUUUAAAACAGGAAGGACCUAAAUUUUUCAAUAUUAGACAUCCAGAAAGAGGAAUUCAGAAAAAAGAAGGAGGAAAAUCACGUGGUAAUGUAGAUUGUAUUCUCAAGUUCACAUGUGAUUCCACACAAGUAAAUAUUAGACCUGAAAAGAGAACAAAUUUUGACAAAACAAGGAAACAAUCCUUUGAGCUUGUGUGGGCUGAAAAACAACCUGAAACAAUAUCAACUGCUUCAUCUAGAAACAAUUUAUCUAACACUGUUCCACUAUGUGAUAGAAGCUCCUCUAACUUGCGGUUUGGUCUCUCCUCUCCCACAAACCAUUACUCACCACAAACACAACAAUCAUCAUUGCAACUGCUCUUUGAUGUGUCUGAUCAGAGUUAUCGCCACUCUGUAACAGACUCCUCCAUUAGAACAAGCCUUACUCCCUCCAUAUUUGAUGGUAGUAAUGUACAAGAUAAUAGAAUUUCCCAUCUCCCACUCAAUCGUCCAAGAUCAGCCCCACUUGUGAAUAACUCUUCAACCACUACACAAACAACACAACAAACUUCUCCUGAGGUAAGCCUUAGAAGAAGAAGAAGCCAAAGUUUAAAUUCGUCAUCAAAUACAUCCACCACCAUUGUUGAUUCCUCUCUUUCCUACAAUACUGUAUCCUUGCAUCAACAUAGAACGUACACUACACCGAGCAGAACUUUAAGCAGAGCUGGUUCUGGUUAUUCAUCUCCUAGAGGCACAACAACUAGUAACAGCAGUACACAAUUAAGUAUUGGGUCGCUUUCAGAAUCGGGAAGAAGUAACUCACUGAAUAAUAGUUCGAACUCUUUGAGCUCAAUCAAUUCCAUACUUAAUGAUGGCUCUUUUGAUGAUUCAAUAUUCAACUCUAAUGGGUUAAGCAAUGAUUAUGAUCCUAAUUUGAGAAAUUCUGGGCAAUCUGAUAACUUGACAUUUAUUGAUGAUUUUUUGACCUCUACUCAUUCCCACACAACCCUUUUUGAUGAAGAACAAGAAAAUUCAAAUACAUGUGAGGAUACAAUACCUCCGUCACGGGUACCUAAUAGUUUUAACUUGGAUGGAGUUCUUGUUGGAGGAAAGGGAGAUGCAUUUGAUACUCUUUUAAUGUCAGAGCUACUACCUAAUAGUCAACCAAUUAAUAAUCACCUAACAGUUUCUGAAACACCUAACCCUGUAUCUUAUAAUAGACGCACUCGAAGCUCUAACUCGUCACCUGUAAAAAGAAUUAAUACUAACAGCACACCUAACUCUAACAUUUUGAACUUUAGCCCACAUAACAAAACAUCAAACAGUGUGGUAAUAAGUAGGCGGCAGACAUAUAACAGUAAUAAGGGAACCCCUGAACCUGCAUUCAGUAUGCUUAUUCAUCCAAAUAACACAGUCCUUACGAAAAAUGGAAUUAAUCUGAAAACUAACAAAAAGAUUGCUCUUCCAAAAUCUAACAGAACAAUACCAGAAAAACCAAUUAGAGUUCUGGAUGCUCCUGGUCUCAAAAAUGAUUUUUAUUUGAAUCUUUUAGAUUGGGGAGAGUCAGACCUUUUGGCAGUAGUUUUAAAUACUAACGUUUUCCUUUGGAAUGCUAAUAACCAUUCUGUAUCCUCUCUUUUGACCACACCAGAAAAUAACACAAUAACGUCAGUAUCUUGGAUGAAAACAGAUCCAUACGUUUUGGCAACAGGUAAUGAGGAAGGAUUUGUUUCAAUUUAUGAUGUGCAAAAAGAGAAAAAAAUUAGAGAUGUACAUAGACACACUGACAGAGUAGGAAGACUUGUAUGGAAUGGGUAUUCUUUAACAUCUGGAUCUAGGGAUAAUCAAAUUAUUAUAAGUGAUAUUAGAAGCAAAAAGUCAAUAAUUCAGCUUUCUGGUCACUCCCAAGAAAUUUGUGGAUUGAAAUGGAAUAAUACUGGAAAACAAUUAGCCAGUGGCGGGAAUGAUAAUAAUCUAUUUGUAUGGGAGCCUCAGCAUAAUAAUAGAUAUCCAAUGUGGAAAUUUAAUGAUGGUCAUAAUUCUGCUAUCAAGGCUCUUUCAUGGUCUCCGUAUGAUAGUAAUAUAUUAGUAUCAGGAGGAGGAGUGAGUGAUAGAUGUUUAAAGUUUUGGGAUACUUCUAAUGGCCAAGUACUGAGUACAAAAAAGACCAGUAGUCAAAUUUGCAAUAUUUAUUGGUCGAAAUUUACAAAUGAGAUUGUAACAACACACGGGUUAAUGAGUCAAAAUCACAUAACGAUAUGGAGUUCCUAUCCGGAACUUAAUCCAGUUUCUACUCUCUAUGGACAUACUGAGCGAGUGUUAUACUUAACAGCUUCUCCUGAUGGUUCUCAGAUUGUAACAGGUUCUGGUGAUGAAACUAUUCGAUUCUGGUCCAUUUUCCCAAGUAAGGAAAAACAAAACCAAGAUAUUCUUUCCAGAGUAUCCCUAAACAUUCGAUAAAUAAAACUAAUUGAUAAG